ACCACGACAUAAACAGACACACAAAAUGGGUCUAAAAACAGUAUUAUUGUGUCACAUAUCAAACUAAUUAAUUUGAUGAUAGAUUCAAAUUGAAUAUGAUAAAAGGCAAAUGUCUCCCCCAUAUAUACAUUUUAUGAUACAAAUAAUUAAUUAGCUAGCUAGCUAGGUUAUAUCAAUAUAUAUAUAAGCUUUAGAGAAAGAUCAUCGAGAUCAAAGAUUAACUUCUAGCUAGGUAGCUAGUUAAUUAGGGUUAUUAAUUAAUAAACAAUGAACAAAAGAAACAACCACUCUGGAGGAGGGCAAAGUUCUUUGGGCUACUUGUUUGGGUUUGACGAAUUAGGACGGCAGCAACAAAAGGAUCAACCUACUACAGUCUCUUCAUCACCGCCUACAGUGUCUAUUCCACCAUAUGGCACCGAUGAUGACAUCGUGAAAGAGAAGUCACCGCCGGAAAAGGCCCCAACUCCUACUAAGAAGCAGGAUGAUUCCACCACCUCCUCCAGUAAAUUUAUUUAUCAUGGAGAUGGUCAGAAGUCUAGAGAUGUUCUAGUGACGGGUCGGCCAUCUACAAAGGUGAGAUCAGUUCCGGGUGGAGAUUCAUCUCUUGGUUACUUGUUCGGAGAUAAGUGAUCGAUCGAUGAUUCAUCUCUAGCUAUAUAUACUUUAUGAUUUUAAUUAAACUUUAUCUCAUAUUCUCAUUUUUAUGAAAUCCUGGCAAUAGAAUGUCAACUAGAAUUCCGGCCUCAUAUACAUAUAUAUAGUUAUAACUAUAUAUAUAUAUAUGGUCUUGUAGUGUGAUAAUUAACUAUGAGAAGCUAAGGGUGUUGGAUCUAAAUUUUCUGAAGGCCCUCCUGGGAAUGCCUAGCUUUCUAGCUAGGGCUAGCUAGCUUUGUUGAAUGAGUUUAUUUAUGGCAAUUAAGUUUGAAAGUUUCUUGUUUAAUUAGUUUAAACAAUUGUUACUAAAAGGUGUCUAGCUAGGGUUAAUUUGCAAGGGAUGCCUUAUCUGGAUUGUUGAGUGUAUUUUUUAUUUUCCAUAUAUAUAUAUAUUUGUGUGGUAUAUAUAUAUUUUAUGUAUGAACAUUAACAAAAUAAUUUGUAAUGAAUGUU